AUGCUGCAGAAUCCUUCCAAAUAUCACGCAAAUCCUUUGUCACACUUCUUGGCAUUGCAUAACACGCAAGCCAGCGGCGGGGUGGGCGUGGGUGUGGGGGGAAUCCCUGCACAUGGUCAACCGCAUCAUGCGCUGCCCACAGCAGCGCUGGCAGCCGCUGCAGCGGCGGCCGCCGCAGUCUCAGCGGGUCAGAGUUCAUACCAAAUGGAGCACCAUCAGCAGCAUCAUAAUUUACAACAGCAUCAUCUGCAGCAGCAUCAUCAUCAUCAGCAGCAACACCAGCAGCAGGACAACCAUCUACACCCACCGACGACGACUGGGAGCAACAGCAGUAGUCACAGCAGCAACAGCAACACCAGCAAUAGCAACAAUAGCCACACUAACAGCAUUAACAUCAACCACCGGGAGCAGUUGGCGGCGGCCGCCACUGCGACGUCGCACGCGCAGCUCAUCGAGGCGGCAGCGGCGCAUUCCUCCCUCGACGUGGGCAAGUCCUUCACCAUUGCCGCCAUUUUGGGUCUGCAGAACCAACGCAAGGACUACAACAACGCCAUCAAUCUGUCACUACACGACAACAACAACAACAACAACAACAACAGUGGCAACAAUAGCAGCAGCAACCACAACACUAACAACGGCCAGAGUAUAAACAACUUUAAUUGUGAUAGCAGCGCCGGCAGUGGCCGCUACUUGCAAGGCGGACAACAUUCGCACACGCAUCCGCAACAGGCGGGAUUCGCAGCCGUAGCCGCCGCUGUAGGAGCAGCUCCUUCCGCGUUGCAGAGCCUGCAGCAGCUCCACCAACAACACCAUGCCCAGCAGCAGGCCUCUCUUAGCUUUCAGCGGGAGAAGCUAAAGUCAGAGUCCCAUAAGAAAAGCGCACUGAAGAACAAGCGCGUCCGCACUAUUUUCACACCCGAGCAACUAGAGUGCCUGGAAGCUGAGUUCGAACGGCAACAGUAUAUGGUCGGGCCCGAGCGGCUCUAUCUGGCGCACACGCUGAAGCUGACGGAGGCACAGGUGAAGGUAUGGUUCCAGAACCGGAGGAUCAAGUGGCGCAAGCACCACCUGGAGCUCACCCAGCAGCGGCUGGCGUUGAUUCGACAAACACAGCUACCCGGUUCCGCGAUAUUGGGCAAUCAGGUGUCCGGUUGUACAGCGAAUCCAGUGGGACACUCUGCUUCCACGGAUCUUACAGCCGGCAUUGCAGCUUCGCCAAGGAGCUUGCCAGAGGAGGAGGAUAACGAGGACAGUAAGCAAUCGCUUUCGUUGUCCGGUGCAAUGCCAUCGAUGAGUCGGGCUCAAUCCGAGUCGGAUCUAUCCAUUUGCAAUGAUUCCCUAGAUGGUGACAGUCUUAUGGAUGGCAGCGAAGAAGCUUAA